AUGGCAAAGGUCGCAUCGGAUGUCUCGGAUAUAAUCUCACCUUCGGUCUCCGAAAGGGCGAUGAAGAUCACAAAGUCAAAAACUAGGGGCUCAUAA